GAGGGGAAGUCAGGGGUGGGUCAGUCCAAACGUCUCUCCUAUCGCUUCACCAGUAGAUGUAAAUGUGGGUGAGGUAAAAAAAAAAAACACCAUCUUUCGUUUCCAAAAUAAUUUACUCCCUCUCUCAUUCCUCUCUUCCUGCUUUCCCUCCCUCCCUCUUGCACUGCUUGUGAAAGAUAUGGGAACAUCCUUGAGUUAGGAGGCACGUUCAUACAUAGAUGACUGUCUACUGAUGCAUCAGCUGAGAGUUUAUUGCAAAUCUCAAGUGGAACUACAAGUAGGAUCAGAAAUAACCACCGACCACAGAGGUGGAUGCACUGAAGCCUCAGGAUAAAGGGUAGCAAGGGCCCAUCUGAGCAGGGAGUAUACCAUCAAAACAGAAAACCAGAGAGGAAGGACACAACAACAUGCAGACAAAACAAAACAAAAGGAUGGUCUUUCCAUUCCAGACACACAAAUCUAUUUUUCUCAUCCUACUAUUCAAUGUCCCACUUCCCAGCACAUGUCAGACCACACUGAAUGCCAGCACCCUCAACCAAACCAUCCAUCCCAGUGCUGCCACUAGCUCUAAUGCUAUCCCCAAUACCACCACUAACAAUCCCACUGUAAAAUCCACUAUCAACCGAGGCACCACUUCCUUCCUCCAACGCAACUCUUCCUCAAACUCCACUUCCCAGGAUGCAAUCCUGGGGUGUGGGGCGGAUCUGGACCCUGUGUACUCCUACCUGUGUGACCGUCAGGCGGCGUGGGGUAUCGUAGUGGAGAGCCUGGCCUCACUGGGUUUUGUGGUCAGUUCAGGGCUGCUGGUGGGGCUGCUGUUCUGGACCCUGUGGAUGUGUGUGUCGUCCCGCCAGCGCAGGGGCAUCGGGGGGAGCGUAGCUUCCAUGGCUCUGUUCCUGCUCAGCACGGCGGGGGUCUUCGCCCUGACCUUUGCCUUCGUCAUCCGCCUCACCACCCAGACAUGCCCCACGCGCCUCUUCCUGUUCGGGGUGCUGUUCUCCCUGGCUUUCUCCUGCCUGCUGGCUCGCUGCCUGGCCCUGCUGGGCUUCUCUGUAGCCCGGGGCUGGGGGGAGGCUGGGGUGGCUCUGGCCCUCUCCACCCUCCAGGUGGUCAUCGCUACAGAGUGGCUGAUCAUCGUGCUGCUGCGGGACGGCCAGCCCUGCCAGUACUCCCAGGGGGAGUUUGUCAUGUUGCUCAUCUACGUGCUGGUUCUGCUGGCCGCCGGCCUGGUCCUCUCCCUGUGCUGCCUCUGCCGCUCCUGUCUCACCUACAGCUAUAGCGGGGGCAGCCACCGACAGAGCCAGGUCCAGGCCACGCUGCUCUGCCUCACCCUGCUGCUGUCUGCUGCUAUCUGGGUGGUGUGGAUCGCCCUGCUGACCCGGGGUAACAUGGAGAUGGGCCGGCGGCCGCAGUGGGAUGACCCGGUGCUGAGUAUAGCCCUGGUGGCCAACGGCUGGGUCCUGCUGCUGGGCCACGGACUAGCCCAAGUGGUUCUCCUCUGCAGGUGGGAGGCCAGCUCCAAGGAGGGCCCCCUAGACUUUGGUGGAUGGACCAGUCCCAACGCCAACCUGCCAGGGCUGGGGAGCCCGAAAGAAGGGAGGGAGAACAGAAGCUUUGAGAACGACGGCAGAAAACAAGACCCCGUUUUCCAAUCACCAUAUGAGUCUGGAUUCUCAAUGACAGAAAUAGAUCCUGACAAAGAUUACUCCAUCCCUCGUCCUCAGACCACCAACAUCAGCGAGCCCUAUGAUGUAUACUAUGGACACAGCCUGUCUGAUUAAGAUCGCUUUGCUUUUCAUGUACACACACCCACAGACAAAGACAACCUAACAGCUUAACAUAUAUAAAAAAACGUUACAACCGCAAUAGCAUCUGCUAUAUAUGUGUAUGUGACUAAUACAAUUUCAUUUAUACAUGCACUCUCACAUGGCCCAGAAAUGUUUUGGAAGUUCAGCUACAAAUGUACAUGUCUUGUAUAGAACCUGCAUUGCAACAUGAUUUCCAUAAUUACGUGACUAAGGCUCAAUUGAUUAAUUACAUGUUUCUUUACUCAGGCUGGAUCCAGAUAGAAUGAGCUUACUGAAUCUGAGCUGAAUGUGACAAGUGUUUUUGCAACAUGCUACUUGAAAACACCAGAGACAGUGUCUAAUAGUCUCAGGCAGGAGGAGGCGUGAAUCUGUCUGUAUCAGGGUGCCAAACUGCAGGGAUGGGCAGGGGCAGCGCCAGGCAUGUGUGAAGGAGAGACAGGACCUGGCAGCGAUAAAAUAGACCCUUGUCAUCAUGUCUUAACAUCUUACGUAAAGGUGCAUGCCAUUUUUUUAUUUUUUACAUCCCACUUUAUAAACACGUUUAUGCAUAUAAAUACAUGCUAUGCAUAUUGUGCCGUUUGAAAAAGUGUUAUUAAAAUGGAAUGUUAAAAGGUAUUUUUGUUAGUCGUAUCUAACAGCAGAGGGCUGAUUCAUUCCCACAAAAAGAAGCAUAAGCUAGACUGAGUGGUACUACGGUUUUCACCACUAGGUGACACUGUACAAGAUGUGAAUUAUUGUUGGUGGGAUUCAAUUUACCUCAAUGUUCAUACCAUUAUUGAGCCACCAAAUGUAAACAAAUGCAUUCCAUCAUGUCAUUUCCCCAUGCAAAUAGCAGUGUACUGAUAUUAAUGAUAGAUCUGUAGCGCUCUAGGAAUGACAUGAGAGCAAUAUAACGUUCUACUCUGCCUGCCUAUAGCCAUCAUGGUCAUCUCAUAAUGGGCGAGUCAGUCGGGUUAAUACCUCAAUAAUUCAGUGGAUCCAUGUGCUUUAUUGUUUCACUGAUCAAACAGCCCUCAAUGUAAUCCUUUCACUUAGUCCUACUUCAAUCAUCUGGAAGUGCAUGUCAUCAAAUUGGCAAUUAGCCUCUUGUGCAUUAGAGCAAUUAACAGGGAUAUGAGAUUUCCUCCAAGCUCAACCCAGACAUUCACAUUCAUUAACUUUAGACACAAUGGUUAGUUAGACACAAUGAUUAGACACAAUGAUUGGUUAGGGAAAAUUGGCUACUUUAGAGUUCAAGUUGGCAUAGUUUCGUCCAGCUCUACUACUAGUGAACAAUAGGUAUGAACUGUGUGACAGAGCCAUACCCUAUGAUUACAUAAAAAUAAUCAAUGGCAACUAAAUCUAGUAAACAUUUUACCCAUAUAAGGAGUUGAGAAAAGAAGAGUAUAAAAACCAAACCGUUUAUUAUGUACAUUCAAUAACAAUGACAGGAAAUAGAAGGCAAACAUGAAGAUGGAAAAAAAUGAAAAGAAAUACACAAGUCACUUGAAGAAAAUAAAAACAAUAUCACUUGGAUCAAUGAGCUUAGCAAUGCACAUGUGAAAACAAAAAAAGUCGCAUGCAAUUCCAACUCAUAUGAAAUCCCGGUCCAACAACUCCCACUAGGUUGACUUCAGCACAGUGCAGGGGUAAGUCAGACACACAGUUGGGUCUAAGGUGAUCGCCGUGAGAGGGCACGUGGGAGUCUCCACUGCUGGGUAACAAGUGGAAGGUUAUGGAGGGAUGGUCAGUUGCUGUGCCAUAGAGCAGUCUUGUGCUACAAUGCAAGGCAUUGGAAACAACAGUUCAGUCUGUGCUGGACUGCUGUGUGCAUGGUGGGACAACAUCAUUGGUUACUUAACAUACUUCAAAGGAAAAACUGCAGGGGUUCAACAUUCCAAAUUAAAAUUGAACUAAGGGAUACUGGUAAUUCAAAUGAUACCAUGACCACAGAAGAACAUAGAUAAACCCAGGCAUAAACUUAACAAAACAAGCAGUAUUUUACAUAUCAUUACCCCCCCCCCCCC